GGCGUGCUUUGAAGAGAACCCCGGGCGCCAGUGGCUCACGGAGUUCCUGUGGCAGCCCGACAGGGACAGUGGGCUGUUCGUUGACAGUUUCCGUCACUUCCAUCCAACCAAAAUCGGUGCCUUUACCUGCUGGUCAACUGUUACAGGGGCACGCCUUACCAACUAUGGCACCCGGCUCGAUUAUAUCCUCGGUGACAGACCUUUGGUGCUGGGGGAGUUUGAGGACUCCUUUCUCAUGCCUGAGGUGGAGGGCUCAGACCACUGCCCCGUUGGGGCCACCCUGAGGGCUGAGCUCAUCCCUGCACCCCGAUGUCCCCCACUCUGUACCCGGUACCUGCCAGAGUUUGCUGGGCGGCAGCAGAAACUCUCCCGGUUCCUGGUCAAACUGGAUCCAAACCCUCCAGAGCCAACCUUGCCCCAGCCCCAAGGAGAAAAGAAUGGUGUGUUGGCCAAGAACCGGGUCAAAAGAACCUGUGGGGACCCAGCCCAAGGCCAGCUGAGUCUCCUGAAGUUCUUCCAGGCAGGCCAUCCCCCAGAAAAAUCCCUCAUCACUGAAGCCAAGGAACCUGAGACUGAUCCAGCCAGCCAGGACCCCAGGGCAGUGGCACCCCCACCCCCUGAACCAGGUGAGGGCCAGGCAGCAUUUUGGAAGGCCGUUCUGAAAGGUCCUCCUCGUCCUCCCUUGUGCAAGGGCCAUGGGGAGCCCUGUGUGCUGCGGACAGUGAGGAAAGCCGGACCCAACUUUGGCCGGCAGUUCUAUGUCUGUUCACGGCCUAUGGGCCACACCAGCAACCCUGCUGCUCGUUGUGACUUCUUUCUCUGGGUCUCUGGGAAGAGCCUAGCCACUCACUGAGGGCCUGCCUGUUGCCUGGCUCUUCCUCUUUCCCCACUCCCUUGGGGGAGGGGGGAGGCAGUCCUAGGUUCUGGAGUGGCUGUUUGCAAAGGCCCAAGAAGGGGCCCCAGAGCAGGUGUUAAUGGGACUGAAAGGGGCUCAGGGGAAAGAAGCAAGCUGCUGCUAACUUAGGCUUUGUUUAACUUUUUUAAAAAGGUAACAUUCUAUUUCACAUGAAUAAAGUUUGGAUCUUUGAGCUGUUGAAGCACA